ACUCGACCUUCUUUCUUCCUCCAUUCCAACCUACACCUCCUUCUCUACACCUUUCUCAAAAGCCGACUGUGAUACCCUGCCGAAUCCAACCCGGUUACUCUUCGUCUACAUCCUUUAAUACACUAGAACAAUGCAGCGCGCAUUGACAAGAGCAUCGGUCUCGUCGCCCCUCGCGGCGGCCCGCGUCCGUUCCACACAACAGCUCCGCUUCGCCCAUAAGGAGCUCAAGUUUGGCGUCGAGGGCCGGCAAGCUCUGCUGAACGGUGUCGAGACCCUCGCCAAGGCAGUGGCUACCACUCUCGGCCCCAAGGGUCGCAAUGUCCUCAUCGAGUCAAGCUUUGGCUCGCCCAAGAUCACCAAGGAUGGUGUUACGGUCGCCAAGGCCAUCUCAUUGAAGGACAAGUGGGAGAAUCUCGGCGCGAAGCUCCUAGCCGAUGUCGCCUCCAAGACGAACGAGGUUGCCGGUGACGGCACCACCACUGCCACCGUCCUUGCUCGCGCCAUCUUCUCCGAAACCGUCAAGAACGUGGCUGCUGGUUGCAACCCGAUGGACCUGCGCCGCGGUAUCCAGGCCGCCGUCGACGCGGUCGUGGAAUACCUUCAACAACACAAGCGCGACAUUACCACCAGCGAGGAGAUUGCUCAGGUGGCAACCAUCAGUGCCAACGGAGACGAGCACAUUGGCAAGCUGAUUGCCAAUGCCAUGGAGAAGGUGGGCAAGGAGGGUGUCAUUACCGUCAAGGAGGGCAAGACUAUGCAGGAUGAGCUCGAAGUUACCGAGGGCAUGCGCUUCGACCGCGGCUUCGUCUCGCCUUACUUCAUCACCGACACCAAGGCUCAGAAGGUUGAGUUUGAGAAGCCCCUGAUCCUCCUGUCGGAACAGAAGAUUUCGGCCGCCAUGGACAUCAUCCCGGCCCUCGAGAUUUCCAACAAGCUGCGUCGUCCUCUAGUCAUCAUCGCCGAGGACUUUGAGGGUGAGGCACUUGCUGUCUGCAUUCUCAACAAGCUCCGUGGUCAGCUGGAGGUUGCGGCCGUUAAGGCUCCUGGUUUCGGCGACAACCGCAAGUCCAUCCUGGGCGAUAUCGCCGUCCUCACCAAUGGCACUGUCUUCACCAACGAGCUGGACAUCAAGCUGGAGAAAGUCACUCCGGACAUGCUCGGCUCUACCGGCUCUAUCACCAUCACCAAGGAGGACACCAUCAUCCUCAAUGGCGAAGGCAGCAAGGAUGCUAUCGCUCAGCGGUGCGAGCAGAUCCGUGGAGUCAUGGCUGACCCCACCACUUCCGAAUACGAGAAGGAGAAGCUCCAGGAGCGCCUUGCUAAGCUCUCUGGUGGUGUUGCCGUUAUCAAGGUUGGCGGCUCCUCUGAGGUUGAGGUUGGCGAGAAGAAGGACCGGUUCGUUGAUGCUCUCAACGCCACCCGGGCCGCCGUUGAGGAGGGUAUUCUCCCUGGAGGUGGCACUGCCCUGAUCAAGGCUUCAUGCAACGCUCUCAACGACCUGAAGCCCGCCAACUUUGACCAGCAGCUUGGUGUGAGCAUUGUCAAGAACGCUAUUACUCGCCCGGCGCGGACAAUUGUCGAGAACGCCGGCCUCGAGGGCUCUGUCAUCAUUGGCAAGCUCAGCGACGAGUAUGCCUCCGACUUUAACAAGGGCUUCGACAGCGCCAAGGGCGAGUACGUCGACAUGAUUCAGGCUGGUAUCCUCGACCCUCUUAAGGUCGUGCGGACCGGUCUCAUCGACGCCAGCGGUGUCGCCUCGCUCCUCGGCACGACCGAGGUGACUAUUGUUGAGGCACCGGAGGAGAAGGCCCCAGCUGGUAUGGGCGGUGGUAUGGGCGGCAUGGGCGGCAUGGGAAUGAUGUAAAAACAACCAAAUGUGUAUUGGGCGAUGAAUCCGGUCUUUGAUUUUCGGCGACUUGGCUGGGGGGCAUUUGGCUUCGGUGUUAUCGGAUUGUACAAUGUGCCAUGUAAUAUCUAUCUCCUCUCUAACUUUCCUCUCUGUGUUCAUAGCUGCAUAAUCAUCAAGGCGGCAGUGGCGGCAUUGUAUAUAGUACGAUCACACUGGGUUAGAGUAGAGAGAAAACAGGAUUACGAAUAUGUAACUUACCAG